AUGGAUUUCCCGAACAUAUUCCAAAAAAUACCCCUAGCAUUGUCAGCCACCAUCAAUUAUUAUCGUUACGGACCACCACAACCAUCAUGGAACUUGAAGCUUUACUUGAUAUUCAAAAUUAUAAAAGGCUCAUUUGGAUCAACUAACAAUCAAACUAUCGAGGGUAUCCAACAAAUGUGUAUGGCCAACACGACUCCCGUUAAUGGUGUACUUGUAGAUGAGCUGUUAUUGCCAAAUUCACUUCGUAAAGAAUCAGAAGUUUACAUUGAUGAUAUUUUGAAAGAUUAUAAUCAUGUGCUUGAUGAUGAUUGGAGAAGUGUUAAUAUUGGGAAUGGAUUAGAAUGUGAAUGGGUUUAUGUUGUUUUGUAUUUACAUGGUGGUGGAUAUUUGUUCUUUUCCGCUGGUUCUCAUCGUAAACAAACUUCUCUAAUUGCAAAACAUACAAAUGCAAGACUAUUUGUAAUAAAUUAUAGACUUUCACCACAAAAUCAAUUUCCUGCCGCUCUACAUGACUCGAUAACCGCCUACAAUUACCUUAUUGAUCCACCAAAAGAUGCUGAUUUUCUACCAGUUGAUCCUAAAAAUAUUGUAAUCAUGGGCGAGAGUGCUGGUGGUGGCCUAACAAUGGCAACAUUACUGGCUAUACGUAAUUCAACAAAAUCAUUACCUUUACCAGCUGGGGCUGUUGUGUGGUCGGCGUGGGUUGAUUUAGCUAAGACAACGCAAUCAAUAAAAGACCCAAGACUUGAUGAAUUAGAUUAUAUAUCAGAUGAACCUUUUCAUUAUGCAAUAUCCCCUGCAUGGGAAGAAUUUGAGCAAAAAGCGAAAGAAUUAUCAGAAAAAAUCCAAUUAAAUAUUGAUAAUAAACCAAAAUUUUGGCACAAAUCAUUUGAUCGUGAUGGUCGUUUACAACUUUAUGCGUCUAAUGAAGGAUUGGCGAUUCCAUACGUUUCUCCAUUAUUUGCUGUAAGCUUAGGUGGUUUACCACCAAUAUUAGUGCAAACAGGUGAUAUAGAAAAAUUCAGAGAUGAGAGUAUUUAUUUGGCUCAUAAAGCUGCCAACCCAGAAAAAUACAAUUUGCCCUAUUACAAUGCUGAAAAGUUUAAAAAGUCGCCUUAUAAAACACCUACAAAAGUUGUUCUUGAAGUUUAUGAAGAAAUGCCUCAUGUAUUCCAGAUAUUUGGAGACAUCCAUCCAUCACCACAGAUAGCUGUUAAUCGAACAACCGAGUUUAUUAAACGAUUAUUAUCAGGCGAAGAAGAAGAGAAAGGAUUUAAAGCUUUACGCGUAACAGCUAAAGGUGAAAUCAUUGAAGGAUUGAAAAAAGAACAUUAUGAGACACUUGAAUGGGAAAAUAUUGGUGUUGUUCCGUCUAGCACCAGAAAAGUUUAUUCUGUUAAACCGGACAAUUAA